CUUGCUUGCACGCUUUUGGUGGUUGUGCACUUGCGUGAGUUUUGGCUGAUUGGGUGGUGUGCUCUCCUCACUUCCACGCCUGCGCCUGCCUUGUUUGUUGUUGCUACUUUGUUGCCUUGUUUUGCUCUUGCUGUCUGUUGCUUUUGUUUUGGCAUUUGCUCUGUGUGUUUGUCUGCAUGGGCGGGCAAGAAGCAACACCCUCCCGAUAGACCAUUCACAGCACCACACCCGCGCGCUUUGGUUGUUGUGUUGUUUUGUUUUGUUUUUGUUGUUGUUGUUUGUGUUGUUGGCUGCUUCUUAUCGGCAUCGCGCCAUCGCUACCAGCCAGCCUUGUUGGGGGUACCUGCUUUGUUCGCGGUUUCCUCUCCGAGUUUGACGACGCAGCCCUGCCUUUCGUACUUGACGGCUUUUCAUUCUCUUCCCCACUCCCCCCACGUUCGAUUCUUCUUCUUCUUUCUUGUCCUCUUCUUUUUGCGCUCUGUCGCUGUCCUCAAAGAAAGGUCUACGAUGCCUGCCAACACUGCUGAGUCCGACACCGCCGCCGUCGUGACGGUGCCCCCACCAACCACGGCAACCACGGGCGUGCCGCCACCGGCACAGGAGAAGGUCGCACCACCGCCAGCAACAAGCUCGGUGCCACCCCCGCCUCCACUCAGCCAUCCUGUCUCCGUGCCUGCCAACGGCUCCGUCCAGCCGCCACCCGCUGCAACCAAUGGCACUGUACGCCCCCACAAGCAGCGCACAUCCAGCAGCCGCGAAGCAGAGGCCGAGGCCAUGAAGCGCCGCGUCUUUGUCGGCAACAUUGGCCGCCAGUGCACGGAGGAAGACAUUCGCCGCCUCGUUGGCGACCAGUUUGGCCGGAUUGAAAGCAUCAACAUCGUGCGCGAUCACGUCAAUCACCAGUCCAAGGGAUACGGCUUUAUUGCCUUUUCCACCGAAGAAGAGGCCAACCGCUGCAUCGCUCUGGCCGAGCAACACCCCAUCCACUUUCGUUCACGCCAGCUCAACUUCCGCGAGGCGCGCCGCCGCGAGCGCGGAUCCAGCGAUCCACCGCGUCGUCGCAUGCGCCAGCGGUCUCGUGGUGCCUCUCUUGAUGCCUCCAUGCACACCAUGUAUCCGCACAUGAUGAUGCCUGAUCCCAACGGCGGCAUGAUGCCCCCAAUGGAAAUGCAGAUGUAUGAGAACGGGGGCGUGAUGCCCAUGUACAUGCACAUGCAGCAGGGCUACCCGAUGCCCAACGCGCCGCUGAUGGGACACCACCAUCCCCACGCUGGUCGUGCCGGUCUUGUGGGCCCGCCGCCGCCAAACAGCGCCCCGUACAGCCCCGUGUAUGCUCACCCCACCAUGUACAGCCAGCACCAGCCAGAUACGCACUUUGCCUUCUCGGGGAUGAUGCCGUAUGCACCAGAGCAGCAGGCGCCCACACGCUACCAGCAAGCCUUCCCCGGCCAGCGGCCUCCACCUGUUGGCAUCGUGCCCGGACACACGCACGGCCAUGCCGCCGUCGACGACGCAACACAGGCCAUGGCCGGCAUGAACCUUGGUGGCCACCCGCAGCCGCCACAGCAGAACUAACGGGAGUAACGCGGGGUUCCCAAAAGCAAGUUGCCCAACACACCCGAAGCGCAAUCCAUCCAUCCAUCAACCCAUCCAUCCAUCCGUCCGUCCAUCCAUCCAUCUCUCGCUCUCUCUGCGCCUCUCCACGUGUGUGGAUGACUGCUUGCUGUUGCGUCGUCUCCUUUCUUGACCUCUCCCCCCGUUGUUGUUACGCUAUCGACAUGAGAAGUGAUGCUGUGUGCCCUUGUGGCGCCUGGUUUUCCCUUCCAUUGCGGCCUGUGGUCCUCCUCCAAUGCUGCUGUUACCAUUUUGUGUGUCUCCUAUUCUCGUUACUGUCGUGAACAUGGCAGCCGAAUUGGCUGUUGAUUGUCUGAUUGUGUUCUUGUGCUGUGGCACUGUGGUAGCCCCCUCGUUCUCUUUGGUUGUCAGCUUUGUGCGCGCGUGUGUGUACGAAUGUGUGUGUGUGUCUUACUUGUCGCUGACACGUGUGUGUGUGUGUGUGUGUGUGUGUGUGUGCUCUCCUACCUGAUUGCUUCAUGUGCGUGUGCAAGCGUGUGUCUGUACUGUCAGUUGUUUGUUGGCCUUGUUCGCUUCUUCUGUUUCUUUCUUCCUAAUGUUCCUUUGGCUUGUGGUAUGUGCAAGUGUGCUCACCUAUUGUGCGCAGGGGAUUGGUUUCCCAUAUCGCGCUUCCUACGAUGCAUUGCAGACUACGCGUGACUGACUAGUCGAGUAUCCUAGUGCGCUGUGUUUGCUGUCUUGCUGUUGUUGCUGUCGGAUGUCGCCAGCCGUGUACCCUGGUCUCCCUGCCCCCCCCCCCCUGUGAUCUCUUUGCUGUCUUUUUCUUGUGCUGUUGU